CACAAUUAUGUGAAUGUUAGACAUGUACAUAGCUUUAAUACUUCUAUUUAUUGGCACGAGUUCGGCAGAGUUCCUGUCAAACGGAUGUCCCCAAGACUUCAGUGUUCAUCUGUUGCUAAAACAUGAAACAGAUUGUACAAAGUUCUAUUCGUGCAGCAAUGGAAGAGCAAUUUUGAUGUCCUGUGGCCCUGGGACUGCCUUCGACGAGAAAGCUCAGGGCUGCGUAUUCCAAGAACGACUGGAGUGUUCUGAGAAUGACCCCAACUUUAUAUUUAGUGGUGGAACGUUGGCGAAUGGUUGUCCAUCGGAUGGUAGCAUUAACAAACUGCUUCCACACGAGACGGAUUGUGAUAAGUUCUACCAGUGCGUACACGGCAAUAAGGUGCAAAUGCUCUGCGCGCCUGGAACACACUUCAAUGUAAAGACAGAGAAUUGUGACUGGCCAUCGGCAGCUAAUUGCGUUCCUUCAUCGACAACAACGACAGUUACAACACAACCAACAACGACAACAACAACACAGCGAUCGACAACACAAUCCGAUAUAGUAUUUCUGCCAAAUGGUUGUCCCAAAGAUUUCUCAGUACAUUUUCUGCUACCACACGAAUCGGACUGUACCAAGUUCUAUUACUGUAACUUUGGUGAGAAAGUGGAGCGUGAAUGUGCACCAGGAACACAUUUUAACCCCGUUCAACAGGUUUGUGAUUGGCCAUGGGCAGCUAAUUGUACUUCUUCAACGACCUCUUCAACGACAACAACGACAACUACGAGUACAACCACAACAACAGUACAACCAUCAACAACAGUACAACCAUCAACAACAACAACAACAUCAACAACAACAACACAAUCCGAUACAGAGUUUCUGCCAAACGGCUGCCCCAAAGAUUUCUCAGUACAUUUUCUGCUACCACACGAGUUGGACUGUAGCAAGUUCUACUACUGUAACUUUGGCGAGAAAGUAGAACGUGAUUGUGCACCUGGGACACAUUUUGACCCCAUUGAACAGGUUUGUAAUUGGCCAUGGGCAGUCAAUUGCACUAUAACAACAACGACGGCCACGACACCAACAUCGACAAGUCAGCCCACAACAAACCAGUCGACCACAGCUUCCACAGCUCAACCUACUACAACGGAAUCAAUAUCGACCCAGUCUACAACAAGUCAGCUCACUACAACACAGUCGACCACAACUCAGUCAAACACAUCAACUACAGAUCAACCUACUACAACAGAAUCAACCACGACACAACCCACAACAAGUCAGCCCUCCACAGCCCAAUCGACCACAACCCAGUCAACCACAUCAACUACAGCUCAACCUUCUACAACGGAGUCAACCACGACUCAGUCUACAACAAUUCAGCCCGUUACCACCCAGUCGACAACAACGUCUGUGACACAACCAACGGAUAUAAUAUCAACCACGGGUGACUACACGACCACCAGUCAACAAACAACUGAAGAUGACACUACAACAUCGAGUGAUAUAAUGUCAACCACCGGUGCUGUAACCACAGACGACUAUACGACUACCAGUCAGCCAACAACGGAAAAUGACACAACAACAUCUGCUGACAUAACGUCGACCACCGGCGCUGCAACCACAGAUGACUAUACGACAACCAGUCAGCCAACAACGGAAGAUGAUAGAACUACAUCGGCUGACAUAACGUCUACCACUGGCGCUGCAACCACAGAUGACUAUACGACUACAAGUCAGCCAACAACGGAAGAUAACACAACUACAUCGGCUGACAUAACGUCGACCACCGGCACUGCAACCACAGAUGACCUUACCACAACCAGUAAGCCAACAACGGAAGAUGACACAACAACAUCAGCUGAUGUAACGUCAACAACCGGCGCUGCAACCACAGAUGACUUGACGACAGCCAGUCAGCCAACAACGGAAGAUGAUAGAACUACAUCGGCUGACAUAACGUCAACCACCAGCGCUGCAACCACAGAUGACUUUACCACAACCAGUCAGCCAACAACGGAAGAUGGCACAACAACAUCUGCUGACGUAACGUCGACCACCGGCGCUGCAACCACAGAUGACUAUACGACAACCAGUCAGCCAACAACGGAAGAUGAUAGAACUACAUCGGCUGACAUAGCUUCGACCACCGGCGCUGCAACCACAGAUGACUAUACGACAACAAGUCAGCCAACAACGGAAGAUGAUAGAACUACAUCGGCUGACAUAACGUCUACCACCGGCGCUGCAACCACAGAUGACUAUACGACAACAAGUCAGCCAACAACGGAAGAUGACACAACAACAUCGGCUGACAUAACUUCGACCACCGGCGCUGCAACCACAGAUGACUAUACGACAACAAGUCAGCCAACAACGGAAGAUGAUAGAACUACAUCGGCUGACAUAACUUCGACCACCGGCGCUGCAACCACAGAUGACUAUACGACAACAAGUCAGCCAACAACGGAAGAUGAUAGAACUACAUCGGCUGACAUAACGUCUACCACCGGCGCUGCAACCACAGAUGAUUUAACGACAACCAGUCAGCUAACAACGGAAGAUGACACAACAACAUCAGCUGACAUAACGUCAACCACCAGCGCUGCAACCACAGAUGACUUAACCACAACUAGUCAGCCAACAACGGAAGAUGAUAGAACUACAUCGGCUGACAUAACGUCUACCACCGGCGCUGCAACCACAGAUGACUAUAGGACAACGAGUCAGCCAACAACGGAAGAUGACACAACAACAUCGGCUGACAUAACUUCGACCACCGGCGCUGCAACCACAGAUGACUAUACGACAACAAGUCAGCCAACAACGGAAGAUGAUAGAACUACAUCGGCUGACAUAACUUCGACCACCGGCGCUGCAACCACAGAUGACUAUACGACAACAAGUCAGCCAACAACGGAAGAUGAUAGAACUACAUCGGCUGACAUAACGUCUACCACCGGCGCUGCAACCACAGAUGAUUUAACGACAACCAGUCAGCCAACAACGGAAGAUGAUACAACGACAUCGGCUGACAUAACGUCGACUACCGGCGCUGCAAUCACAGAUGACUAUACGACAACAAGUCAGCCAACAACGGAAGAUGAUACAACGACAUCGGCUGACAUAACGUCGACUACCGGCGCUGCAAUCACAGAUGACUAUACGACAACCAGUCAGCCAACAACGGAAAAUGAAACAACAACAUCAGCUGACAUGAUAGAACAACAUCGGCUGACAUAA